CGUUGUGGUUCAGUUCAUUUGCUCGGCAGCCACAGCACUCUAGGGUUCCUGUUAACCUCAUCAAACAAGGAAGGAGGUAGAUUUGAACAUCCACAAGAAAAUGUCUGGUGAAGAGGUUGUUGUUGCAGUUGAAACAUCAGCUCCAGCUCCAGCUCUAGGUGAGCCCAUGGACCUCAUGACAGCCUUGCAGCUUGUGUUGAGGAAAUCACUGGCUCAUGGUGGGCUUGCUCGAGGCCUUCACGAAGGUGCAAAGGUGAUUGAGAAACAUGCUGCUCAUCUGUGUGUUUUGGCAGAGGAUUGCAACCAACCAGACUAUGUUAAACUGGUGAAGGCACUUUGUGCUGAUCACAAUGUUAGCUUGAUAACUGUUCCUAGUGCUAAGACGCUGGGCGAGUGGGCUGGGUUAUGUAAGAUUGACUCCGAAGGGAAGGCCAGGAAAGUGGUGGGCUGCUCCUGUGUUGUCGUUAAGGACUUUGGGGAGGAAACUGAAGCUAUGAAUGUUGUCCAGCAGCAGGUGAAGUCUCACUAAGCGAGUAGGGCAAUCAAACUUAGAUUUAGUGAGGUCUGUGUCGGAGGUUUUUUUUUAUGUGUAGAAACCUUUUAUUUUUUCCUUAGUGAGCAUGGGCUUAGGAAGAUUUUGAUUUGUUGUUUUUGGGUUUCACAUGACUAGAAUGGACCUGAUUUUGCAUUGUUGGAGUAAUUCCAUUUUAAUAUACACUAUUGGUUGAAUCUUCCAAUUUUUACCAACAAUCCCA